AUGAUUAGUGAAAGCAAUUCAAAUAUUGUUGAACAAGCUCGCCUUUUGUUUAGUCAUUGUGAUACUGAUAAUUGUGGUUAUCUAACACGUCAAGCAUUGGAUCGUUUAAGUGAUCGUCUACCAUUGACUAGUUCACAACUGGAUUUUGUAUUCAAUCUUUUGGAUAAAGAUAAGAAUGGUCAACUAACAUUGGAUGAAUUCAUUCAAGGUUUCGGUCAUUUCCUGGUAGACAAGGCUGCAAACAACUUUCAAUUAGAUGAAGAAAUUGAUGAACAGUAUGAUCAAAUUAUAGCAUCUUUAGAUCCAGAAGAUGUAUUGAAAAGUUAUGAACAAGUGAAACAUAUAUGGAAAUACAUGAAGUUGGCUAAUUCACACCUGUUACCAGAGUUUGAAGAUAUGCUGAGAGCAAUUAUGAAAGAAAUUAGUCAUGCUAAAGUUGAAUAUGAAAAUAUGGAGCGUAUGAUACAAGCUAAGAUCAUGAAACAAGAUGAAGAACUGCAUAAUCUAGUUGAAGAACUUGAACACCAAGUGAACCAAGAGAAAGAACAAUUGAAACAAAAAGAGGAACUGAAAGAAAAAGAAUUGAGAGAAGAAUUGAACAAUAAAGUACAAGAAAAAGAAAAACUUUUAAAUGACCUUGUACAACAAUUUGAAAAAGCAUCUAUAAAAGUUGAAGAACUGCAAAAAACCCGAACAACUAUUGCCCAAGAAAAAGAAAAAUUAUUACAAGAGAAAGAAGAUUUGGAGCGUAAACUAGAAGAAUCACAAGAAAUGUUAAAUGACUGUAAAGAAUAUAUUGAAACAUUACAGAAAAAAGCUCGUGAAGAACGUCGACGUAGAGCUAAAGCAGCAAUUGAACUCAGUGAAGGUAUAGCAUUAGAACGUGAAACAUUAGUUAGACAAUUAGAUAUGCUAAGAACUAUUAAUCAAAAGUUAGUUGAUGAACAGGAAGUCAAAGCACAAACUGUCUAUACAGUAAAGCAUACAUCGAAUUCUAAUGAUUUACGAGAUUUGCAUAACAAACCGAAAUCAGUUGAUCUAAGUGAUACAAAGACUACAGAAACAACAAUGAAGGAUAUUUCUGCAUUACCACAUUUAUUGCGUAGUUCAACUGAUUUGGAUGUAACACAAUUUGAAACAAUAUCGAAUGCUAGAAGAGGUUCUACACUGAGUAAUUAUUUUACACCUGUAAUAUUUAAUGAUGGAAAUACUCAUGAAGGCGAUCUUGAAGAUAUCGAUGAAGCAGAAGAAUAUGAAGAUGUUUUCCAACAAUAUCCUGGUGGUGUGUAUACUUCACAUGGUAGAAAGUUAUCCCAGAAACCACGAUCAUUUGCAAAUGAAUCAGCUGAAGUAUGCUUCACGCCAUAUGAGAAAAGAGUUUCACCAGAGGGGCAGCGUAUAUGA